GUCGCUCUCCAAUUGUUGUAAAUAAUGCAACGGGACGUCUCUAUGUUCAAGUGUACGGAACAUCAGUUGCGUUGGAAUUUGAUGGUAUUCCUUGCUUUGGUGCAAAGAACGCAAGCCCUUGCACAUCAGACCACAUAAUUGAUUCAGGCAACACGUAUAAUCAAAAGAUAGCACAAACUAUUGGGGGAGCUUUAAUUAAAUACGGAUAUUUUUCUUUAAUUGAAUCACUCGGUGGUUACGCAAUUCUGACAAUUCAAACUGGACCUAAUGAUCCUUAUCUUGCGUGCGUAAUGACUAAGAUUGCAGACGAUGAUAAUAUUGCAGACUCAUUUGCCACACCAAGUGCAACGACUGCUUAUACCGCUACUUCAGUAGCCUUGGGUGUAGUAUGUUUGGCUCUUGCUGCUGGUGGAGUAGUCACUGUUGCUACAGCAGGAAAAGGUGGAUCAGCAGAUGUUCAUCCUGGGCAUCAUUAUUAUUCUGAACAUUGGUCUCAUCAUAAUCCCGAACAUUCGUAUCACCAUCAUCCUGAUCAUUUAUCUCAUAAUCAUCUUGAACAUUCAUCUCAUCAUCCUAAUACAAACCAACUUGAUCAUCAUCAUGACACUGAACAACUUGAUUCUCACCCUAAAGACAUUCGUCAUUUUGAUAACGCGCCACCCGGUGGGAAGGAAAUUCAUCAGGGAGGAGACAUGUCAAUUCAAAUAAAUGGUCACUCAGCAGGGAACGUGGAUACUGCAAUAGAUCCUCAUCAGGGAGGCGGAGGAAAUGGUGUAUCGGGUGUUCACGAUGCAGCAAAGGGAGAUAUAGGAGGAAAAGAGACUGAUGUAGUUGAUUACCAAGUAGCAGGAGGAUCACCACCGCAC